AUGAGAAGGCAGCUCCGCUCCAGAAGGGCUCCGGCCUUCCCUUACGGUUAUCGCUACAGACUUGAUGAUCAGGAUGAAGUAAAUCAGAACUACUUAGCAGAUGAGGAGGAGGAAGCAGAAGAAGAGGCUCAGGUGAUGAUGGCUCCUGGUUUGGAGGAAGAGGAAGAAGAGGAGGAAGGAAAAAAGGAGGAGGAAGAAAGGGAGGAAGAAGGUCAGGGUCAGUCGACAGGCAAUGCCUGGAGGCGGAAAUUACAGACCAUGACUGAAUACCUGUGGGACCCGGAGAAAAGGAUGUCUCUGGCCCGAACAGGUCAGAAUCGGAGUCUGAUUUUAGUCAUUUACUUCUUCUUCUAUGCUUCCCUGGCUGCCGUGAUCACCCUAUUCCUGUACAUGCUGUUCCUAGCCAUCAGUCCCUACAUGCCAACCUUCACUGAGCAGGUGAAACCUCCCGGAGUCAUGAUCAGACCCUUCGCUCAUAGCCUUAACUUCAACUUCAACGUUUCCCAACCUGAAACUUGGCAGCAUUAUGUGGUCAGCCUGAACGGCUUUCUCCAGGGCUAUAACGACAGUCUUCAAGAGGAAAUGAAUGUAGAUUGUCCUCCGGGACAGUUCUUCAUCCAAGAUGGGGAUGAGGAUGAGGACAAGAAGGCCUGCCAAUUUAAGCGCUCCUUCCUGAAGAAUUGCUCUGGGCUAGAGGACCCUACUUUUGGAUACUCUACUGGACAGCCUUGCAUCCUCCUCAAGAUGAACCGGAUUGUAGGCUUUCGUCCUGAGCUUGGAGACCCUGUGAAGGUAGCCUGCAAAGUUCAGAAAGGUGACGAAAAUGACAUUCGAUCCAUCAAUUACUACCCAGAGUCGGCGUCUUUUGACCUCCGCUACUACCCUUACUAUGGCAAACUGACUCACGUUAACUACACCUCGCCCCUGGUCGCAAUGCAUUUUACAGAUGUGGUGAAGAACCAAGUGGUGCCUGUACAGUGCCAGCUGAAGGGCAAAGGCAUCAUAAAUGAUGUCAUCAACGAUCGUUUUGUGGGGAGGAUAAUCUUCACCCUGAACAUAGAAACCUAG